AAACUUUAUAUGGGGAUCCAGAGACUGCAGAAAAAAAUGCCUGAAACUGACAACUCCAAGGACAGCAGGAGAAGCAGCAAGUACAGUACGAUAGCAAUGCAGGAGGACAGAAGCUGUCUGGGCAAGCUGAAACUAAGGAACAACCUGGCGAAGGAAACCCUGUCUGAGUUUUUUGGCACAUGUUUAUUGAUUACUUUAGGCUGUUCAUGUGUAGCAUCUUCUGUUCUCAGUGACGGAAAGGCUGGGGGACAUUUGACUAACAAUCUUGGCUUUGCAAUGGCAGUCACAAUGGCAAUCUACGCUAGUGGAGGAGUGUCUGGGGGCCACAUUAAUCCUGCGGUUUCAUUUGCCAUGUGUUUAACUGGAAGACUAGAUUGGGUCAAGCUCCCUUUUUAUGUGAGCGCACAGGUUUUGGGUGCCAUCACUGGAUCUGCUUUAGUUUUUGGAGUUUAUUAUGAUGCAUUAAUCAAGUACACUGGUGGAGUGUUUACAGUAGAUGGUCCAAAUGCCACAGCUCAUAUUUUUGCAACCUAUCCUGCUCCAUAUCUGUCAACAUUAAAUGGACUUGCAGAUCAAAUACUGUCUACUGCUCUUCUGCUCAUAGUGGUAUUUGCCAUAUUUGACAAGAAAAACCUUGCAGCCCCUAAGGGACUGGAGCCAGUUGCAGUUGGUCUUCUCAUUCUGCUUCUAGGACUAUCUCUAGGAAUGAAUUGCGGAGGUGCGAUGAACCCAGCUAGAGACUUAGGACCACGCAUCUUCACAGCGGCGGCUGGCUGGGGUUAUGAGGUUUUCACAGCUGGCAAUAACUUUUGGUGGAUUCCUGUGGUUGGACCAAUGGCUGGUGGAGCACUUGGAGCCUACAUAUACAUUCUCUGCAUUGAAGCUCAUCACCACAAUGGACAAAAUAGCAUGAAUAAUGAAGUUGACCCUGAUCACUUUGAAAAGCAUGAACUUGCCAAUAUGGCAUAA